AGGCAGCUCCUUCCCACCCUGCUGUUCUCUGCUGCCAGUCCACUGUCUCUGGGCAAAGCCCAUCUGGUCCGCUGAGCAGGCUCAGCUGUUUCCUGGGCCCAGGGAUGACCCUGUCUCUCUCUCCAGUCCGAAGCUGUUGGAAGUGGUGAAGUCCCCCGACCCAGAGCCACACCAUGGUGGAGCCAGGAGAACAACUGCCCCAGGAGGUACUUGCUCUCAUCUUCCGCCACCUGUCUCUCAGGGAUCGUACUGCUGUCGCUGGGGUCUGCAGGGCCUGGGCAGCUGCUGCCACCAGCAGUGCAGUGUGGCACGACACAAACAUCAGUUGUGACAGUGAAUGGGAAGGCAUACUCCCGCCAUUUCUGUCUGUCUGCCUGGACCACAUUCACAACUUACAGCUGGAAUUUGAGCCGUCGAGGAAGCCGAGUCGCCAGGCAGCCACCAAGCUGCUGAUUGCACUGGCAGACCGUGCCCCUGGUCUUCGAGGUUUGAGCCUGGAGUGCCACGGAGACAAACCGCUCUUUGACGCAGGCCGAGACAUCCUGGAUGCUGUGCAUGCCCUCUGUGGGACCGCCAGCGAGCUGCGCCACCUUGACCUGCGGCGCUUGCCCUUCACACUGGAUGACACGCUGGUGCUGCAGGUAGCCUGUGGCUGUCCAGAACUCCGCAGCCUUUUCCUAGAUAACCAUACGCUGGUGGACAGCGUGGGGCCAGGCUCAGUACUCAAGCUACUGGCUGCCUGCCCGCGCCUGCGCACCCUUGGCCUGCACUUGGCCAGCUUGUCCCACGCUGUCCUCGAUGCGCUGGCUGAGCCAGAUCGCGCGCCUUUUGCACUCCUGGCCCUGCGGUGCGCGAGCCCUGAAGAUGCACGCGCGUCCCCACUGCCCGAUCAAGCCUGGGCAGCAUUGCACUGCCGCCACCCUGGGCUGACUGUGGAGCUGGAGCUGGAGCCUGCACUGCCAGCUGAAAGCGUGAUGCGAGUCCUGCAACCUGCAGUACCCGUGGCUACACUGCGUCUCAACCUCUCGGGUGACACUAUAGGUCCGCUGCGUUUUGCCGCGUGCCACUACGCCACAACCUUGCGCGCACUUGAGGUGCGCGCCUCCGCCUCAUCAGAGCUGGACACUGCGCUAGAGGAGCUGGCGGCGCGGUGCGCGGGCCUGCGUGAAAUACACUGCUUCUGCGUCGUGAGGACAUCGGUGUUGGACGCCUUCCGCGCGCACUGCCCGCGUCUGCGCAGCUACACGCUCAAACUAAAGCGUGAGCCACAUCCUUGGCGGCCCACGUUCGUGCGGUGAUUGGACAAACCCUCCCUCCCCUCUGCAAAUCUGAGGCCUCGGAGAAGCUGGAAGGAAUUUCCCAAGCACACUCAAACUGCCAGUUCUUUCCUUGGGAAUUCCAUGUCUCUUGUGCCUCUUGGGACCCGUGGCACGGUGUCGGUUCGGUACAGCACAGGUGCCCUGAGUCCACUCAACUUCUGCAGACGCCAGCUCUGUCCCGGCCGCACUGGGGUCCCCCAGCUCUUCUGCAUGCUCCAUGCCAGCUCUGCGGUCCGGCAUGGGGGGAGGGCAGGCACCGGUGUGGGCCCGGCCUUAGGGGUGAGCGUGAAAUAAACAAAUCCUACAGUA